GACAAACCUCAGAUCCUCUGAACUGCAACCACCAAACCCCACACACACUUCAUUUCCAUUCAGUGCUCUCUCUCUCUCUCUCUCCCCUAUCAGAAGAAUAUUCUGCCACUUUCUCUCCUACUCUUUGCUGCCCUGCCCCCAUUCAUGUGCUCUGGUUUCUCUCAUUGAAAGCCAAGUCUCUCUGGGACACUAAGUGUAAACGCCAAGGCACAUUCAACAAAAAAAGUUUUCCUUGGAGACCCAGCAAAAUCCAUGCCCUCCCUCUGGUUCCUCAACCCACACUCUCUCUUCCAUGAUUCUUUAAUGACCCAUUGCGCACAUUUAACUUGUUAGCAUAAAUGUAUGUGCUCAAGUUGGGAUUUCUGGGUCCUAUGUGUUGAAGCUGAAAUGGGCAUGAUCUUAGAAGCCUCGUGGCUGGAAUUGCACCGCUUCUAGGGUUUCUUGCUGGUUAUUUCCCUGGGGCUUGAUCCCAGCAGCAAUGGCUUUGUUCAGGAGAUUUUUCUAUAGGAAGCCACCUGACGGGCUUAUGGAGAUCUCUGAAAGGGUUUUCGUCUUUGAUUGCUGCCUUACCCCUGAUGCUUUGAAAGACCACGAAUACAAAGUCUACAUAGGAGGUAUAGUGGACAACCUUCGUGACUACUCCCCAAAUGCUUCUUUCAUGGUGUUUAACUUUCAAGGAGGACAGAACCAAAGUCAAAUUGCCAGCAUAUUAUCCGAGUAUGAUAUGACAGUAAUGGAUUAUCCUCUCCAGUUUGAAAAUUGUCCAUUACUUGCACUGGAGACUGUUCACCACUUCCUGAGAUCAAGUGAGAGUUGGCUUUCCCUUGGGCAGCAGAAUAUACUCUUAAUGCAUUGUGAGCAAGGUGGAUGGCCAGUUUUGGCCUUCAUGCUUGCCACCGUCUUGAUAUAUAGGAAGCAGUACACUGGGGAACAGAAAACUUUAGACACAAUAUAUAAGCAAGCUCCUCGUGAGCUUUUGCAGCUAACAUCACCACUAAAUCCAUUGCCUUCACAGUUGAGGUACCUACAAUAUGUCUCAAAAAGGAAUCUGGGCUCAGAGUGGCCACCAGUGGGUACAGCACUUACAUUGGAUUGCAUCAUUCUCAGAUUCAUUCCUAACAUGGAUGGAGAGGGAGGUUGCCGUCCAAUAUUUAGGAUAUAUGGAGAGGAUCCUCUCUUGCCUGCUGAUCAGACUUCUAAACUGCUGUUCUCAACUCCCAAAAGGAGAAAAACUAUUCGACAUUAUAAGCAGGCAGAAUGUGAACUAGUUAAAAUCAACAUCCAUUGCCACGUUCAAGGUGAUGUUGUGCUUGAGUGUAUUAGCUUGGACAAUGAUUUGGAGCAGGAAGUGAUGAUGUUCCGUGUCAUGUUCAAUACAGCCUUUAUUAGAUCAAAUAUUUUGAUGCUUAACCGUGAUGAAAUUGAUACCUUAUGGAAUGCUAAGGAUCAGUUUCCCAAGGACUUCAGAACUGAGGUACUUUUCUCGGAGAUGAAUGCCGCAUCUUCACUUACCGCAAUUGACUCACCUGUUGCUGAAGAGAAAGGUCUUGCUAUUCAAGCAUUUGAUAAAGUUCAGGAAAUGAUCAGCAAUGUGGAUUGGGUAGAGGCAAAGAAAGAUAUAGCACUAACUAUGCUCCAGAAAAUCAAUAUUUACCGAGACAAAUUGGCUUCUGGAUUCCCCUUAAGUCCUAAAAAGAUCAGCCUGUUGCAAGAACCAUGUCUUAAGGAAGUUGCAGACCAACCAUAUUCUCAGGCCCUCCAGCAAAUCGACAUUCUUCUAGAAAAAGUGGAAUCUGGCUCUCUGCAGAUUGCUAAAAAUAAGGCUCUUGGUAAAGAAGUCAUGGAUAAACCAAAAUCAGAAGAAAACCAGAAUAAUCAAAAUCAGAAGAAAUUGGACGACAUUUUCAAAUGUUCCCCACUAAAAGCUCUUGGCAAAGAAGUUUUAAGCUGCCAAAAACCAUCUCUAGAAUUGGACUUGCCUGUAAAGAACAUUAUGCCCCGAGAACUGCAAGUUACCCUUCAGCGUGCUAGUCGUUCUAAGAUCAUAUCCCAACGCGUAUCUCACACUUCUCUAUCUACUGCAGCUUCAUGUUGCAAUACCUUGCAAGGUUCACCUGUGCCUAUCUCAAAAUAUCACGGUGUGCCCUUAGCUCUGGGCAUUACAGCCCUGUUGCAUGAUCAUAAAGAUUCUGAAAAUAAAGAAACCACCCACCAAGUAACUUCACCUCCUGCUGCGUCAGCUCUUGUUCCAUGUCUAUCUAAGCCUUUGCAGUCAGGUAUUGUCUCAAUCCUGUCGCCAUCUCAACAUUCUCCCUUGUUACCACCUUCUACGCAGGUUCCCAUCACUAAAACUCCUCCUCUUCCUCCUCCUCCUCCUCCUCCUACUAAUCACCUUUUGGCUUUAAGAUUGUCGUCUCCUGCAGUUUCCCAAAAUUCUUUAACCUCGGAAUCGGAUAAAGGACUACAAUCAUCAAUUCCUUCUCCCCCAACUCUACUCUCUUCUCUUUCAGGUACACCUUCACCAACCCCGUCAGAGAAAUCAUCCUCAGCUCCGCCUACCCCUCCUCCACUGCCUUCUUUCUCAGGGGUAGCUCCUCCUAUUAAGUCAGUUCCUGAUCCUCCCCUUCCCCCUUCUCCACUCACUUCUUCCUCUAGCUUGGCUCCAAUUUCCACUGUUAAGAACUCAUCGUUAGCUCCUCCUCCUCCCCCUCUCCCUCCAAAUCGACACUCUGAGAUUGCUCCAUCAACCAAUAGUCUAGUUUCACCAGCCAUUUUGGCUGGCCCUCCUCCACAUUCUAGUCCAGCCUUAAGCAAUGAUACUACAUCCUCAGCUCCUCUGCUACCCCUUCCUGCCAGCCUUGCUCCAAGAGAUCUCCCUUCUAAGAGUUCUCCACAUGUUCCUCCUGUGCCAACUCCUCCAGCUCCAUUUGCCAAUGGGUUAUCAAAAACUGUUGGCACCUCUCCACAAUCUCAUUCUACGGGCGGCAAUGGAACUAUACCUCCAACUCCUGGACCACCUUUAACCAAGAAGGGAAGGUUGCCAUUGCGUGCGAGUCCAAGGAAUCAGGAUAACUCAAAAAAGACGCCCCUCAAGCCAUAUCACUGGUUGAAAUUGACAAGGGCCAUGCAAGGAAGCUUAUGGGCCGAGACACAAAAAUCUGAAGAAGCUUCCAAAGCUCCUGACUUUGACAUAUCUGAACUUGAGAGUCUUUUUUCGGCUACUGUUCAAAAUUCGAAUGAUGGGAGCAUUAAUGGGAAAAGUCGCCGUGCUUCGGGACCUAAAUCUGAUAAAGUCAAUCUGGUUGACUUCAGACGGGCCUAUAACUGUGAAAUCAUGUUGACAAAAGUCAAGGUUCCUUUGCCUGAUUUGAUGAGUUCAGUCCUUGCUUUGGAUGAUUCAGCAUUGGAUAUUGAUCAAGUUGAUAAUCUCAUAAAGUUCUGUCCAACAAAAGAAGAAAUGGAACUUCUUAAGAAUUACAAUGGCGACAAGGAGAAGUUAGGAAAAUGUGAACAGUUCUUCUUAGAGUUGAUGAAAGUGCCAAGGGUAGAGUCCAAGCUAAGAGUAUUCUCAUUUAAGCUACAGUUUCAUAAUCAGGUUUCUGAGCUCCGAAAGAAUUUGAACAUUGUAAAUUCUGUAGCUGAAGAGAUCAGGAAUUCAGUCAAGUUAAAAACAAUCAUGCAAACUAUUCUUUCACUGGGGAAUGUAUUGAACCAUGGAACUGCAAGAGGUUCUGCUGUUGGAUUUCGGUUAGAUAGUCUUCUUAAACUUACUGAUACUCGAGCCAGGAACAACAGGAUGACUCUCAUGCACUAUCUAUGCAAGGUGCUUGCAGAGAAACUACCAGAGCUUUUGGAUUUCCCAAAAGACCUUAAAAGUUUAGAGGCUUCAACAAAGAUACAAUUGAAAUAUCUGGCAGAGGAAAUGCAAGCAGUUAACAAAGGGCUAGAGAAAGUUUUCCAGGAACUAACUGCCUCAGAAAAUGACGGUCCUGUGUCAGGAAACUUUUGCAGGACUUUAAAUAACUUUCUUGGGUUUGCUGAAGCUGAAGUGAGAUCGUUGGCUUCACUUUAUUCUGGAGUGGGAAGGAAUGCAGAUGGUUUGGCCUUUUACUUCGGAGAAGAUCCAGCACGUACUCCAUUUGAGCAAGUUGUUUCUACUUUGCUUAAUUUUGUAAGGAUGUUUAUCCGUGCCCACGAAGAAAACUGCAAGCAGCUUGAGCUAGAAAAAAAAAGGGCACAGACGCAUGCAGAACAUGAGUGCCUCAGAAAGGAAGCAGAGAUUAAGCACAUGUAGAGCAGCACUCUGAAAAAGGAUUCAGAAACCGGGAAAUGAAGACAAGUGCUCUUGAGAAAAGGGGGAGAGCUCAACUCAAACGCCAAUCUCGAAUAGUAACAUCGAUUAAUCAAGUGUGCCUGUGAUAAUUGGUUUAAAGGAUGCUAUUUCCCAGUAUAUAGAAUUAUUAUUUUAUUAACUCGGCUCAAGCACCUUCUGAAGGACUUUUAUAAGCUGGAAUGCAAGAAUGAAGUACAUCGAGAACCAGAAAAGGAGACAUGGGCAUGAUCAUAAAUCAGAUGCAGAAUAAGCCAGCAGUUGUACUUGAGAUGAAGUCUAAAGGCAACUAAACAUUUAAUGUAAUUAUGCAUGCUCAUUUCAAGUGAUGGGUUCAAGAAUCUUGAUUGCUGCCUGCUGGGCCACGAGUUAGCUUAAAAUUUUGUUGCAAAGAUAUCUCUGUUAUUGCUCUCUGAGUGCGUGCGCUGCUGGACACGUAUAGUCAUUCACAAGUUGCUGGCACUAGAUAAACACACAAAUCUGUUUGAGGGUUCACCACCGAGAGAAAUGAUUGAACCCCAGUGGCAGUGAUAGAAGAAGCCAUUAGAGCCUCCUCGUAUCACUAGGCCAACUCUUGGGGAUUCACUGAUUUGCUUUCCAUGGCUGAAGCAUUGUGUGCGCUAGAGAUUAGAAAAGGUUAAGUUGUUCUUGAAUAUUUGUGCGCCAAACAUUAUGCAGACUUGAUCAUUGCCUUCUAGUAGUUAUGCUCGACCA